UACUGCGCAUGCGCCGCCUGAAGUCCCAGUCGUCACGUGAUCGGAGUUGAGGAAGAUGGUGGAAGUUUGUGCUUCCUUGAAGUAAAACCCGCGACUCUACCGCGAAACAAGCUGCUCUGAGGGAGCUGGGACGUCACUCAAGUUCACCCUGAAGUUCAGGCCUUCAUCCCAGCCCUAUGUCAUGGCAAGUGAAGUCACCAGGGCAGCCAGUUCCAAUGGUUACCAUAUAAAGGCACAGCUACAAAUCAUUGUGCUAUCAGCGAAACUGAAAGAGAACAAGAAAAACUGGUUCGGUCCCAGUCCUUACGUGGAAGUCACCGUGGAUGGCCAGUCCAAAAAAACGGAGAAGUGCAACAACACCCACAGCCCCAAAUGGAAGCAGCCGCUAACUGUAAUUGUGACGCCGUUCAGCAAACUGGUGUUUCGUGUGUGGAGCCACCAGACCCUGAAGGCCGACAUCCUCCUUGGCAUUGCCAUGUUGGACAUCAGUGCCACGCUCAAGUCCAAUAACAUGAUAAUCUCGAAUGUGGUGCAGACCAUACAGCUGUGUGCCGACAGAGACCAGACAGACGUGGUGGGAGACCUGUGUGUCUGCUUGGACGGCAUGGCGGUUGAUACUGAGAUGUUUGCCAAGGCUGAAGUCGACCAUCACAUUAUGUCAAAUGGAGAUUCACAGCAGCCCAAUGGAGAGCAUACACCAAGACAUAGCAGAGACAGUUCGCCCUCUGUAGACAACAUAGAACACCGCUCAUCUCCUCAGGGGCGAAAGUCAGGGACCGUCUCCGGUUCUCCCAGGGUGUCGUCCGGGAGCGUGCGGCCGCGUAGACCCUCCAGGCCUCCGCCCCCAACCCCUCGCAGACCCAUCAUUGCACCGGCAUCUACCAGCAACAGCUCUGCACCAUCUGAAAGCAGUACUGGUCAGGCGGGUUCAGACACACCCGUGCGUUCUACUGUCCCAGGACCCCCAGCAGCACCAGAUUCCAGUCCUUCAGGGAGUUCAGACAGGAACUCCACAGCGUCGACCUUUGGGCCCCCAGCAACCAGACAGCCAUCCAGCAGCGUUGGCCCUGCUGUCACCUCCAGGGUGCCUGCAGUCAACGCUGGGCCGCUACCUCCUGGGUGGGAGCAGAGGGUGGACCAGAACGGCAGAUUGUAUUUUGUUGACCACGUUGAAAAAAGAACAACGUGGGAGCGCCCGGAACCGUUACCACCGGGCUGGGAACGUCGCGUCGACCAGAUGGGCCGGGUUUAUUUUGUCGACCACAUCACACGGACCACCACGUGGCAGCGCCCCACGAUGGAGACCGUGCGCAACUACGAGCAGUGGCAGCACCAGCGUAGCCAGCUGCAGGGCGCCAUGCAGCAGUUCAACCAGAGGUUUAUAUUCGGGACACAGGACCAGGUGGCAGCCACACAGAAUAAGGAGUAUGAUCCUCUUGGGGCUCUACCACAUGGAUGGGAAAAGAGAACCGACAGCAAUGGCAGAGUGUAUUUUGUGCAUCAUCCUACACGGUCGACGCAGUGGGAAGAUCCACGGACACAAGGCUUGUUGAAUGAUAAGCCGCUUCCAGAGGGCUGGGAGAUGAGGUUUACCGUCGAAGGUAUUCCUUAUUUCGUAGACCACAACAGAAGAACCACCACCUACAUCGACCCUCGCACUGGAAAAUCCUCACUUGAAAAUGGGCCUCAGAUCACCUACGUCAGAGACUUUAAAGCCAAAGUACAAUACUUCCGAUUCUGGUGCCAGCAACUGUCAAUGCCUCAGCAUAUUAAGAUCACUGUGACUAGAAAAACGCUGUUUGAGGACUCCUUCCAGCAGAUAAUGAGCUUUAAUGCUCAGGAUUUACGAAGAAGACUGUGGAUCAUCUUUCCAGGAGAAGAAGGCCUCGACUAUGGAGGUGUUGCAAGGGAGUGGUUCUUCCUGCUGUCCCACGAGGUGCUGAACCCCAUGUAUUGUUUGUUUGAAUACGCCGGGAAAGAAAACUACUGUCUGCAGAUAAACCCGGCCUCUUACAUCAACCCCGACCAUCUGAAAUAUUUCAAGUUCAUCGGCCGCUUCAUCGCCAUGGCGCUCUUCCACGGCAAGUUCAUCGACACGGGUUUCUCGCUACCAUUUUAUAAGCGCAUCCUGAACAAGCCUUUAGCCCUCAAAGACCUGGAGUCUGUCGAUCCCGAGUUCUACAACUCUCUCAUGUGGAUCAAGGACAACAACAUCGAAGAAUGCGGCUUGGAAAUGUUCUUCUGUGUCGACAAGGAAAUUUUAGGGGAAAUCACCACCCACGACCUGAAACCCGAAGGAGGAGACAUUCAAGUUACGGAGGAGAACAAAGAAGAGUACAUCAGGUUGGUAGCAGAGUGGAGAAUGUCUCGAGGCGUAGAAGAGCAAACACAGGCGUUCUUCGAAGGCUUCAAUGAGGUCCUACCGCAGCAAUACCUGCAGUAUUUUGACGCCAAGGAGCUGGAGGUGAUGCUGUGUGGCAUGCAGGAGAUCGACCUGGCAGACUGGCAAAGAAACACCAUCUACCGACAUUACCCUCGAGGCAGCAAGCAGAUCCUGUGGUUCUGGCAGUUAAUAAAAGAGAUGGACAACGAGAAGAGGAUGAGGAUGUUGCAGUUUGUCACCGGUACCUGCCGCCUUCCUGUAGGAGGCUUUUCUGACCUCAUGGGAAGCAAUGGCCCUCAAAAGUUCUGCAUCGAGAAGGUGGGAAAAGAGAACUGGCUUCCCAGAAGUCACACAUGUUUCAACAGAUUGGACCUGCCGCCCUACAAGAGCUACGAGCAGCUGAAAGAGAAGCUGAUGUUCGCCAUCGAGGAGACGGAAGGCUUCGGACAGGAGUGAUGUUUUGAAAGCAGCCUCAAGAGGCAGGUACACAGGGAUCAAGACCACAAUGGGACUCUUGUGUGUCUCUUGCAUCCAUCCCAAAGGAAAACCUUUCCGAUCGCUAGCCUUCGUCGGAACCAAAAUCUACCACCGUCGAUCCUGUACCUCAGAAUGAGCGCCAAAUUAGCCAUGGUAGCGUUUGCCAAAAAUCGCCCCUGAGAUCAUCAGCGAGGUUAAAAAGUCACCACUGGAGGGCAGCAAUUGUGUCUUGCUUUGCAUUAGUCCAAAUAUUCAUGGCGAGGUUAAAAGCGGGUCGCCAACAGUGACGCUGAUUGUAUUGUGUUGGCUCUUAGGGUGCACUCACACUUUUUAGGCAAGCGUUUGUUAGAAAAGGUGCACCUGGGCAUGAUUGCUCAUGCAAGAGAACCUAACCUGGGCGUGUAUACUAAUCAAUGAAAUCGCUCCUUCUGCUAGUUAUUAAUGACUAUCGCCACCUUGCAUCAUCUAAAGACUUGAAAUACUGCACAAAGUCCACUGGCAGAUGCACGUUAAAUAGACUUGUCUGCUGCUCCCUCCCAGCCUGCUCGCACCACAGAACCACUCUAAGCAAACUGGGUCGGGCAAUUUGCAAUAUGGCUUGUAUGAUGAAGUGAUGACGUGUAGAGCAGUGUGAGUGCACCCCUAACAAAGCAACAUCACCAACAAUGAUUGUCUCCUCCUCUCUCACCUGUCCCGCUAACAAGACUUUCAAAGGUGAACUGCACUUCUUUUGGGAAUUUUGUCUAUCAUUCACAAUCCUUAGGUGAGAAAAACACAUUUGUUUCUCUUUUUUAUGCAUUCUAACUUGUAAAUAAACGCUAGCAAGAGUCAGCUGACAAUGGAGGUAUUGUGAUUUGCUGUAAUCCGCCUAUAAAGCGUUCUAAAAACAUUUAAAAGCCUCCAUCAAUGUUGUACACACUGAGUUUAUAUGUAAUAUAGUAACAUGCACAUUCAUAAUAACGUAAUAUGUACAUGUUUUGCUAAUUUAAAGCAUAAAUUGGCGCAUUAAUUUCACAGACCCAUCACAGCGUUUGCCAUUUCCUUCGGCAACACUACUACUCACGGCAGACUUCAUGAGCGGCAACGAUGACUACUUUAGAACAAAUGAUAAUGCAAAACUUUAUAUUUUUGAUCCGAAUAUAAGGAGGAUGACCUACAAGUCUUAGAAGCUGAGUGAUAAGCCGAUCCACCGCUAACGAUACAAUGCUAAAGAAGAAAUACAAACUACAGACAUAAUAAAACAAUCACUUACUAUACAAUGUCUGCUCUCACCGGGGUGCCAAUUGAGGAGAUGUUUAUAUCUUCACGUUUAAAUGGAGAAUUCAUCAUGCAAGUAAAAAAAUAAGAAAGAGAUGAGCGCAAGCAAGCUUCUUUUCGUGUCUUUCUCGACAUCUCCGGGUCUAAGUUGAAUGUCAAAGUUGACCAACUUCUCGGUUUAAGGCCACCACCUUCUACUCUACAAGUGAGAGGCAAGAUUUGAAAUUGAGAAUUAACUUUCACCAGCUCAGCAGCAAUGCAGCAGCUCACCAGCUCAGUAUGUCAAUAGCUUCAUAAGCUAGGUCCCUCCUUGUGAUCGCGGCGCCGCUAAAAGUAGUUCCUUUGCAUUAGCGCUUGUAGCAACAAUAUCGCUAACGCUUGGUUUAUAUUCCGAUCACGAAAUAUAAAUGGAGUAUUGUUUGUAUUUUUUUCGACGUUUUUAAUGGACGCAAUAGAUGACUUCAAUUAGCUUCUUGGUUAGCCACCUCGUACUUGUCGUGUUUUACAAAUUUGAAUGCAAAAAAAAAAAAGUGUUCUUGUCUUGCAUUGGAAUUGUGAAUGACAGGCAAAAUACCCCCCAAAAAGUGCAGUUCCCAUUUAAGAAGCCAAAAUUCCCCCAAGAAAGUGCAGUUUCCUCCAAGAAGCCAAAAUAAGGACAAAUAAGAAGCAACUUGUGGUGCUUCCCGCAUACAUUGGGCAGGUUUGCCAGUGAGAAGCUGCCCUGGCUCCUUGCUUCCUGCAGUAUUUUGCUGUUUGACAGUGGAAAAAAUGGCAAUGUCUGCACUGAAAAGGAGUUCUAGUUUUAUAGAACCGCAGUGAAUGAAGGUUAGCCAUUACCUGAGUGAGGAAAUACUAGUAUCGCCUUCUCAUGUUUCUGCUGUUGGUUUUUGUCAAAUAAAUGACCCUGACGGCGUCUUCUUAGGGGAUGACAAGUAUUCCAAGAUGGCAAUUAGGUACAUUCAUGUAUUUUGCGGAGGAAAACACCAAAAAAAAGUCGAACCAAAUAACGUUUUGAGACUGUUUUUCUUAGCUAGAUCCUUUGACUUAGUGUUUUACUUCUUCCCUUUAGCUGCCCCCCAUCACCCCAGAAGCUUUAGUGAAUUAAACAGGUGUUACAUACUCCAUGCUUGAAUUACUGCAGCAACUAGGCAAAAUAAGCAGCGGCGUCUUCGUUUUUGAAGAUUCUUAAUUUGAUGCAGGAAACUGCAACCAAAUGUGGUGUUGCUCGUGAUUCCGAUUCAUAAAUAAAGCACUGGUAGUGUUUUUGACAAGGACUUAAUUACACAGUGAGUGGAAGAUAACAUAGAAAAUAAUAGUAUUUGUCAACCUUGCCUUUUGUUGCUAAAGGGGGGUCCUAUUCUACAUUUGCUACAGGUUUAGCACUGGAUUCAUUUUCAUGCCACUCCGAAAUCUCCUAAACAUUUGGGUACAACAACUUUGAGAGGUUUCUCACGGAAUCUCACAUUUCACACGUCACAACUUGCUGGGAGUCACCUGCUAAUCAACGACCGCUCUUUUUGGACGUCAGCUAGAACGUGUUUUUUAGACAUGGGAAAUGUGAACCUUAAGACUUCAUUAUGCCCCCCCCACCUCAAAAACUCAUUUAAACUUAAUGUGCACUCCCCAACAAAAAAAUAAAUAUCUAAAAGCUUCAUUAUGCUACAGCGUAGGCCAACUUUUUGAUUCUAUUGUAGCUCGUCUGCGGGGGCUGAGUGCAUGACCUGCAAUUCUGUGCCAGUGUUUUCCUCAACUCUUGUUGAUUAGCUGUCAAUAACUUCCUGAGUAGUAGUAGUAGCGAUGUCCAGGUGGUUGUUGGAAGAUGAGCUACAACAGGAACAAGACAGAACUUGUUUUUGGUGGAGCUUAUUUAAGACUUAUCUCAAGUUCACUUAACGGACAGCAUUUUUGUCAACAAAGCCCCGUCUGACACCAGAUAUCCAAUUCUCAUAUAAUUCUUCCUUAUUGAUAACGAUGAUCACAUGACUAGUUAAGGGGGGCGUGUGUCUGGGUGCCUGGGAGUGGCGGUCGGGGGCCCGUCUGACCAAUCGCAACAAAGUAUAAGCGUGGUCACAGUUGGAGCAUGUCAGCCAAGAGGAGAAGAAGGCAGAUUUACCCCCGCACACUAUUUGAGAUUGACGGAGUGUGUUAUUAAAAGCCCACGUAAUGAGCAGGAAUUGGCCCCUUCAACUCCUAAUAGAGUAUUCUACAUCUUGUUCAUUCAUUUUCUAACCAUUUAGAAGUUAGCAAAUGAAAACCCACAAGACAACCUCCUGCUUGUUUUCCAUGCAGGACUUUUCAAGGCCUGUCACUCUCCUCUUUCACACAAAAAACUACUUGUAUAUACAAUUAAAAACAUUAAUUACAUGUUUUUUUUUCCUUUUGUAAAGGGUUUUAAUAAGAGGUUUAUGGUAUCACUAUAUUUUUCCUUCACCCUUUCUAAUUUCUGAUGUACAUGAAGUAUGUGGGGGGGAAAAAUCUAUGAAAUGGUCACCUUAAUAAAUUAAAUCAAACAUUA